CAACCACGCGCACAACGGCAGAAUCUUCCCCCUCUACCCACCUCCCCCGUAUUUAUUGCCCGUUUCCAAAUCAUUUCCCAUACCCUUCUUUCCGUUUUCUACUUUUCUCCUCUCGCUGCUGGUCUCGCCUGAAAGAAAAGAAAAAAAAAGUGAAAUAAACAAAAGAAAAAAAGGACAACACAUUGGAGAAAGGGAAUACGAACAGACCACCGAGUCCACCGGAAUUUCGAAUCGCGCUCGCCGGAGAAUUCCAUUCCCCCGUCUUCCAAUCCGAAUUAGACAACUGUUCCUUCUCUUCUCGAUCUGUUCGCCCCUCGGGUUCGAGAGAUCUGAGAGGAAGGAAUUUUGGAGAUAAAGUGAGAGCAGUAUUAGUAUUUGUUGAGACGGAACAGGAAACCAAUGGCGCAUAGGGUAGAUCACGAGUACGAUUACCUCUUCAAGAUUGUGCUGAUCGGGGACUCCGGCGUCGGUAAAUCCAACAUUCUUUCCCGCUUCACCAGAAACGAAUUCUGCUUGGAGUCCAAAUCUACUAUCGGCGUCGAGUUCGCCACCAGAACUUUGCAGGUGGAAGGAAAGACUGUAAAGGCUCAGAUUUGGGAUACAGCAGGCCAGGAGAGGUACCGAGCGAUCACAAGUGCUUACUACAGAGGUGCAGUUGGUGCACUCCUUGUCUAUGACAUUACCAAGAGGCAAACGUUCGACAAUGUCCAAAGGUGGCUACGGGAGUUGAGAGACCAUGCAGAUUCCAACAUUGUCAUAAUGAUGGCUGGGAACAAGUCCGACUUGAAUCACCUGCGAGCGGUUUCGGAUGGAGAUGGCCAUACCUUGGCAGAGAGAGAAGGGCUCUCGUUCCUCGAGACGUCUGCACUCGAAGCUACAAAUGUCGAGAAGGCGUUCCAGACGAUACUGACAGAGAUAUACCAUAUCAUAAGCAAAAAGGCAUUGGCUGCACAAGAAGCGGCUGCUAAUUCUUCAAUUCCUGGCCAAGGAACCACCAUCAAUGUUGCAGAUGGCUCAGGCAAUGUUAAGAAAGGAGGUUGCUGCUCUGCCUAAGGAGCUCAUGUCAUGUACUGAUCAAUGGUUAGAAAUCACUAUGGGCAGGCAACCAUUCUUCCUUUUAUUUCCCCCACCUUUUGGGUUUUCAUUUUGCAAAUUUUGGCCCAGAGGAGACCUGUAGAUUACUCUGUUCCCCGUAAAUUUGAGAAUGUGAAAUUUGCAAAGAUCCUAUUUCUAGAUUUUCAGGGUGGCCUUUUUCUUUCUCAUCUUUUU